AAGCGAUAUUCGUUUCCGUUUCGAUGUUCCCCUUUUUGACUAUUUAAGGUUGACUGAUCCUCACCUGUUUCCCUCCGAGCCUUCCAGUCUGACGUAGUCUACUUAAGCUGACUUUUAGCGAUCUACUCUAUCCUCAGAAUAACCUGAAAUCUUUUGUACCUUUUCAGAAAAAAAGAGCACAACUUCCCUCGACAUCACACACAGGCCAUCAGCAUGGGUUUUACGAAGACCAUUAUCCAGGAAGGCACUGGAGAUAAGCCUAUUGCCGGCCAGACCGUUACUAUCGAGUACACCGGCUGGCUGAAGGACACCUCUAAGCCUAACAACAAGGGCGCCAAGUUCGACUCUUCUGUUGGCCGAGGUGACUUCGUCACGCAGAUCGGAGUUGGUCAAGUUAUCAAGGGUUGGGAUGAGGGUGUUCUCACCAUGAAUGUUGGCGAGAAAGCCACCCUCGACAUUAGCAGCGAAUUCGGCUAUGGAGCUCGGGGCUUCACUGGCCACAUUCCUCCCAACUCUGACCUCAUCUUCGACGUUCAUCUAAAGAAGGUUGAGUAAAUACUACUAGGGUACAUAGUAACCUCUUGACGGGAUGGAGUUUUCGGUCCAUAUAAUCUGGCAACGGACACAGGACAGGAGGUUCUCUCAGUUCGGGCAUGCCUAAUUUUUUAGGCUGCAUGCGGCAUGGGUUAGGGCGGCUUCUGUGUGAGAGGCAGGAUUAAGACAAUAAAGACUAUCGUUGAUCACUGAAAUUUUCUAUUCGCCUGUUGCUCUUAGAGACCUGCGUGACAUCGUGCCAGUUGUCUGGGACUUGCAGCUGGACCAAGUGCUUUUACCACCUAUCUACCUAUCUA